AUGCCUCUCAACCUAACAGCAAAAGACCAAGAGAUCCUAGUCAUGGCCUUCCAAUGUAUGGAGAACACAAAGGUUAGUCCGCUCCUCUCACCAACACUCAUGAUUUGCAACACAGUGCCCAUCCACACCACAACUCCGGUCGAUAACGCCAAGCUCGCAGCCCUAGGCGGCUACAAAAACGCCAACACAGCGGGCGCCGUCUGGGGCGCCGUCAAGAAGAAGAUGCUCUCCGGUGGCAGCGGCGGUGGCGACGCGACCGCGAUUCCGACUUCCAGCAAGAAGCGCACCAAAGCAAGCCCGGACGCUGACGCUGACGCUGACGCGGGAACACCGAGCAAGAAGCCUCGUAGGGGCAAAGGCAAGGGCGCGAAGGCUGACUCAGUGGUUGAGGGUGUCGGCGGUGAGGAGGAUGAUGAUGAGGAAGAGGGUGUUAAGCUGGCGAAGGAGGAAGGUGAAGAGGGGAUUAAGGAGGAGGAUGUUGUUGUUUACCCAUGA